AUGUUCAACCCAGCAGAGGCGAACAAGCCUGCAACUCCUUCACCGUUAGGACAGCAACCGCUCAACCCGAACCCGAUGACUCCGGCCCCGGGUAACACUGGACAGCCUUCCCUUUUCCCACCAGUGGGGAGUACGACCCCAGCGGGGAAACCGUCUGCGUUUGGGUUCCCACAGCUUGCGCUGGGGGGAGGGGGAUCAGCUGCAGGCGCGGGUGCAGGUACAGGGAGCAGUGGGAACGCGGGAGGGGGCAGCUUGUUCCCCCAGCUGAACGCGUUCGGAGCACCUGCGUUUACGUCUACGUCUGCCUUUGGCGCGCCUGGGAACGCGCCCUCUGGCAGCACGUCGACCACUGGCACAGGUACGGCAGCACCAGCUUUCGGGCAAACGAAGCCUUCCUUCGGCUCCCUAGCUGCUGCAGGAGGGGGAGCGGCUGCGUCCCCUUUCGCAGGCCUUGGUGGAGGGGGGGCGUUCGGUGCUCCUGCUGCUGGGAGUUCGGGCUUGAGCUCAUUUAGCGCUCCUCCUUCCGGGGCUGGCGGUUCGGGAGGGAAGGGACUGAGCUCGUUUAGUGCUCUCGCGGGAACGGGAGCUCCGACUACUGGGAACGCGUCUUUCGGCACAGCGCUUGGCGGGGGGUCUAAGACGGGAACCGCAACCGCCCCUGCUCCCGCCCCGGCCACGGGAGCGAGCACCGCCAAACCGCCAACGUUUGGCAGCAUAUUCGGUCCUGGUCCUGCUGGCACGUUCGCCCCAUCUACUGGAGCGCCCGCCGCUCCCGCUGGAAACUUGUUCGCUCAGUUCGCCGCUAAGCCCGCUGAGGCUGUUCCUGCGACUAGUACCGCGGCGCCGAGUGGAGCCCCACCGUCAAUAUUUUCAAAACCUGCUCCUCCAGCUGCGCCUAUGAGCACUACACCUACACCUUCGGUUUUCUCGCUGCCUCCUAAACCUGCUGAGGCUGCGACGAGUACCACCGCUGCCCCCUCAAUCUUUGCCAAACCUGCCGAGGCUGCCACGACCACAAGCGCCGCCCCGUCCAUCUUUGCCAAGCCCGCCGAAGGCACUACUCCAGCGACGGGUGCAUCUCUCUUCCCUCCCAAACCUGCUGAAGCAGCAGCGGGAUCUGCAGCUCCCGCUGCCCCAAAACCUUUCUCCCUAUUCCCCCCUUCGGGUAGCACUCCCGCCGCUGCUCCUACUGCCGCUGCCGGAGCUGCCGCAACGACGAGCACCACUCCAGCCCCUUUCAGCUGGGGCAACUUCCCCAAGCCCGCCGCUACCACUACCACACCAGCGGCAGGCGCACCCGCUGGCUCCCUCUUCCCCGCUCUGAACAAACCCUCUGCCCCUGAAGCAGCCUCUACCCCUGCAGCAGGAACACUAUUCCCAGCCCUAGGCAAGCCGCCUGCCGCUUUGGCCUCCACGUCCGGUCCGACUACGGCUCCAGCUACAGCAGCUCCCCCAGCGUUUGCGGGAUUCUCGUUGCCUAAACAGCCUGCUGCUUCCACCUCUGCGGCGCCCUCCGCGCCUGGCUCGACUGGAGCUCCCGAAGGAGGGGAGAAGAAGAACCCGUUCGAAGCGUUUGGGAAACUGGCCGUGCCCGCUGCUCCUACGCCUGCGACCGGGGCGGAGAAACCGAACGACGGUGCUGCUGCGCCAUCGGCGCCGGCGGGGUUGCCCUCCCUUGGACUUCCUACUGCUCCUGCUGCUGGAGGACUGGGAGGAUUCAGCCUCCUCGGGGCUGGGAAGAAACGUGACACGUCUACCCUUGGGAGCUCGACGCUAGGUGCUUCCGCUCUUGGUGUGCCUGCUACCCCUGCCACCGCUGCCACGGGUACGCCUGCCACCCUAGGCGCCGUGACCGCACCCGCACCGGCAGGAGCUGCACCCGCGAAGACCACGCCCUCUAUCUCGCACCUCCAGGGCCACAGUAUGGAGGAUAUUGUCAACCGUUGGUCGAAGGAUCUUGAGAGCUCCGUUAGAGAGUAUGGCGAGCUGGCAAGGGAGGUCGCACAGUGGGAUCGGAUGCUUCUGGAGAACGGGGCUUUGAUCGGGAACUUGAUGAGUGACGUGAACGAUGCUGAGCGGACGCAGCUCCUUGUCGACAGCGCCCUAGAGCACGUCGAGACGCAGCAAAAAGAGCUCUCUACCGCGCUGGACGGGUACGAAGCUCUCCUCUCGGAGAUGUUCGAGAAGAACCUCGGGAGCAGUCCUUACAAAACGCUCACCGCUUCCGGGCUCGAUACCGGUUCUGGAGGAGUACGCGACCUCCGCCCAGCCGACAAGACGCGGCAAGACGCGUACAACCUCGCCGAGAGGCUUAAUCGGGAACUGGACGAUAUGGGCCGUAACCUCGGCCAGAUGAUCGAGACGAUCAAUUCGCUCAACACGCCCAGUACGGGUACCUCCCUCUCCCUCUCCUCGUCCCUCAACCCGGGGGUGAUCGCGGCCUCCGAAGACCCUGUCUCGCAAAUCGUCGCUAUACUCAACUCGAACCUCGGCACGCUCCAGUGGAUCGAGAGUAAAGGCAGGGCGUUGGAGGAAAAGGUCAGGCAGACGGAACUUAUGGUUGCGGGCACGGCGGCUCAGCAGGAUGGCCCAGGGGGGGUGCAGCCCGGGCUGAGGGACAGCACUGGUGCGAGGGGAACGCCGAGGAGGCUAGGGAGGUCGAGGUUGGGCGCGUCGGCUAAUACGAGUUGGUAGAUUGUGUUACUCUGAGUGGGUUGUAUGUGUUCAUCUAUGCACUAUGCAUAACUAUCGGCGAAUAUACCCUUACCCGC